CAUAACCUUUUAAGAGAUAUUCAAUUGUUAUUAAAAAUCCGAAUGAAUUAGAGUAAACACUACUUGCCGUUGUAUUCAUAAUGGCGAAUGACAGGGAGGUACUAAGAGAAAUUUGGGAUGGUAAAAUUCCUGUUUGUUUUACGCUUGAUUCUGAAGAAAUUUGUGAAUUGCAAGGACCUGACCCAUUUUAUCUUAUGGUGCCUAGGUUAAGUUAUUUUCCACUCUGCACAGAUAAGAUACGAAAGCAUUUUAUAAGACAUAUACAAAGUGACAGUAAGCAAGAACAUGAAAUGUGGUUAGAAUUUAAUGGUAUUCCUUUAAAAUGGCAUUAUCCAAUUGGUGUUCUUUUGGAUAUUUAUUCCAAUGAUGUUGAAUUACCUUGGAAUAUUGUUGUCCACUUUGAUAGGUUUCCAGAAAAUGUGCUGAUGCACUGUCAAAAUAAAGAAGUAGUGGAAGCAUAUUUUCUCUCAUGUAUUAAAGAAGCAGAUGUAUUAAAGCACAGAGGGCAAGUUGUAUCUAGUAUGCAAAAGAAAGAUCACAAUCAAUUAUGGUCUGGUUUAUUGAAUGAUAAAUUUGAUCAAUUUUGGUCUGUGAAUCGAAAACUUAUGGAGGCUAGUAACAUAGAAGAAGGUUUUAAAUACAUACCAUUUCGAUGUUAUACAAGUGAGGAUAAAUAUGUACAAAAACUUGUAAAACCUGUCAAUGAAGAAGGUCAAAGAAAAACAUUGAGGCAUUUAUUGAAUGAAGUAUUUCCAGAUAAUGAAAAUAUUACAGUGUUUACUCAUGGUAUUACCCCACCUUUGGAAACACCUCUUCAAUGGAUGUCAGAACAUUUAAGUUAUCCUGAUAAUUUUUUACAUUUAGUUGUGACAUCAUAACCCAAAUUGAAAUAGCCAGUUGAUUAAUUAUCAAUGAAAAUUCUAUAAAUUGUGAAUUCAGUACUGUUUUCUCUUGUCAGUAAAUAACUGGCUUUCUAAUUAAGAUCCUUUUAUCAUGGAUCUUUUUAAUUUUUAUGUGCUUUGUCCCAUAUUUAUUUUAUACAAAGUCAUAAAUGACAUUCUAAUUUUUCCUGAAAAAAAUAACGAUUAAACGCUAUUACUGUUGCUUAUAUUCUUGUAAUGCACGAACGUAUGCAAAUUUUAUCACAAUUGCAACGUCGGACUUUAUUAAGAUUGGAUCGAUAUCGGACCACAUUUAUCAUAAAUCAAUCGAAUUGUAAUUCAACUAACAAUAAUGUAUCAGGAAGAAAAUAUAUUGUAUAAAUAUAAUUAUAUAAAUAUUUAAAAAUCAUUUAGGUAUAAACAUUAUAUAUAAACAUUAUAUUCGACAUCAUAAAAUUAAUGUGAAUAUUUUAAUGAUAACGAAA